CAUUUCUCAUUCUUCCCCAAGAUAUCAAAACCUCUCUUCAAUUUCAUUCAUUCUCAUUUUUUACAAUCAAAUAUAUCCUAAGAUGAAGAACCACAUUUUCUUGAUCUCCGCAGUCCUUCUUGUCCAAGUUAUUGCAAUUGCAGCUCAACCAGCUGCAGCACCAGCGCCAGCAGGUCCAACAAACAUUACGAAAAUCCUCGAAAAAGCUGGUCAAUAUACUACGUUAAUCCGUUUACUGAAGAGUACUCAAGUAGGAGACCAAAUCAAUACUCAACUUAACAAUUCAAACCAAGGUUUAACUAUGUUCGCUCCACCGGAUAAUGCAUUUUCAAAUCUCAAAUCCGGUACUCUAAAUUCUCUCACUGAUCAAGAAAAAGUUGAGGUCAUUCAGUUUCAUAUCGUGCCAUCGUUUCUUUCGGUUUCGAAUUUCCAGACAGUUAGUAAUCCGUUAAGAACUCAAGCUGGAGAUGCCAAUAACGGUCAGUUCCCAUUGAAUGUUACAACGGCAGGAAACCAAGUUAAUAUUACGACUGGUGUGGUUGAUACUACGAUUGCUAAUACAAUUUAUAGUGAUAAUACGUUGGCUGUUUACCAAAUUGAUAAGGUUCUUCUUCCAUUGGAUUUGUUUGGUCCUCCUGCACCCGCUGCUGCUCCUAAGCCGCAAAAGGGUUCCGCUCCAAAUUCUAAAGACAAAUCUGCGGCAGAUUCUUCUCCAAGUGACGAUGAUUCUUCAGAUGCAAUGGGUCUUGCUUGUCAUGGGGUAUUGUCAUUUUUUGUUGCGGCUGUAAUUGUUGCUUUCUCUUUGUAACCUCAACAGAGAUCUGGCUGCAUUUGUAAUUGUGUGAACGGUGACCUGCUUGAGGUUGGCAGGGAUCCGGCAUAGCGGUAACGAUUCAUUAUACAGUGUGGAUGUGGUAAAUUAGAAGUGUUUACGAUUUAAACUGGUGCUGUUUUGGAAUAAAACUUGGACCUAGUAUUAUUUUUUCUCUAAUGAAUUGUUGUUUGUACGAGGUGGUGGAGAUUCUUAAUGUGGAGUAUUUUUGGAGUAAAGUUGUAAGAAUUUUUUUUUUGUUUUUUUUUGUAUGCAGCUAAAUUGAAUUAUAUUUUUUUUGUUUGUAUGAAGCUAAAUUGAAUAAAACUCGAUUGUUGCUUAGAAAA